CAACAACAAAAAAAUUGGAACACCUCAAUCCUAGAAUUUAAUCUGUCUUUUUUCCUUUUAAUUUAUUUUUGGCUGCUGGAGUACAGGCUCUAGGACUGGGGCUUCAAUACUUGCCACAGAGGGGCAGAGUCAGAAGUUUUGGCCGACACAGUUGCUCUGUGGCAUGUGGGAUCUUCCCAGACCAGAUCUUUUUCUAAACGGAACAGGUGUUUCCUUCAUUGGCAGACAGAUGGCUUCUUUACCACUGAGCCACCAGGGAAGCCCAGGAGUUAAUCCCUUAAACUUUGGGUUUUGUUUCUCUAUCCUAGACCUCGAGAGUAAGCAGGGAAGAAAGGACGCGGACCCUUUUCCACCCAGGUAACCGUGAGGAUGAGCGGACGAGUUAGUUUUGCUGUUGAUAAACCGGAGAAGGGCACUUCUCCAGGCCUCAAAGCUCGAGGGGCCCGUGGCUGAGCCAGAGGUGCAGGGCCUAGAAGCUCCUGAUGGGAAGAAUCAGAGAUAAAUUAUAAAAGUCGGAACGAGGGAUUGCAUCUCAGCUGGUAGAAACCCCGGCAAGGACCAGCGCAACUUGCUCAGGAGUCUCUCUGUCCCGGGCCGGAAAGUUGAGCGCCCGGAACCUUGACACGCGAGCUUCCCCCCAACCCGGAAGCUUUUGGGCACUGCGCGGCGGCUGGCCCCAGCCGGUUGCCAGGGUGACGCCUGGGAAGAUGGCUGCUACGUCUUCGUCGGAUUCAGACGGCGGCAAAGGCGAGAGCAGUGAGGCCAAUUCUAAAUGGCUGGACUCACUCAGCGAUUCCAUGGCGAACAUCCACACCUUUUCCGCCUGCCUGGCGCUGGCCGAUUUUCACGGGGACGGGGAGUACAAGCUGGCCAUGGGAGACCUUGGCCCAGAUGGGCGGCAGCCCCGCCUGAAGGUGCUUAAAGGACACACAGUGGUGAGCCAGAAGCCGCUGCCCGACCUGCCAGCCGCUGCGGUCAGCUUCCUCAUGGCGUCACACGAGCCCCGGACUCCAGCACUGGCAAUCGCAUCAGGCCCUUGUGUGUAUGUGUAUAAGAAUCUCAAGCCCUACUUCAAGUUCAGCCUGCCCUUGCUGCCUACAAACCCCCUGGAACAAGACCUUUGGAAUCAGGCCAAAGAGGACCAGAUUGACCCCUUGACCCUGAAGGAGAUGCUGGAGGGCAUCAGGGAGAAGGCAGAGGUGCCUUUGUCUGUACAGUCACUCAGGUUUCUGCCGCUGGAGCUGAGUGAAAUGGAGGCGUUUGUGAACCAGCACAAGUCCAAGUCCAUCAGGCGGCAGUCACAAUUAGAAGAAGAACAUAUGCCCACUGUAACUGCAGAAAAGGCCAAUGAAGAAAUUAAACCCUGUCAUUGUCCAGAGAUAACCAGUACAGUCAUCACCACCAUGACCACCUUAAAGAAGAACCUGGCUGACGAGGACGCUGUGUCCUGUCUGGUGCUGGGCACUGAGAACAAGGAGCUCCUGGUGCUAGACCCAGAGGCCUUCACCAUCCUGGCCAAGAUGAGCCUCCCCAGUGUCCCUGUCUUCCUGGAGGCUUCUGGCCAGUUUGAUGUGGAGUUCCGUCUUGCCGCUGCCUGCCGCAACGGGAGCAUCUAUAUACUGAGAAGAGACUCCAAGCGUCCCAAGUACUGCAUCGAGCUGGGCGCCCAGCCUGUGGGGCUUGUCGGUGUACACAAAGUCCUAGUGGUGGGCAGCAACCAAGACAGCCUGCACGGCUUCACCUACAAGGGUAAGAGGCUGUGGACAGUGCAGAUGCCUGCAGCCAUCCUGGCCAUGAACCUCCUGGAGCAGCGCUUCCGGGGCCUGCAGGCCGUCAUGGCUGCGCUAGCCAACGAAGAGGUCCGCAUUUACCAUGACAAGGUCCUGCUCAACGUCAUCCGCACGCCGGAGGCAGUGACCAGCCUUUGCUUUGGCCGCUAUGGGCGGGAGGAUAACACCCUUAUCAUGACUACACUAGGUGGUGGCCUGAUCAUCAAGAUCCUCAAGCGCACAGCGGUGUUUGCCGAGGGGGGUGGUGAGGCUGGCCCCCCACCAAGCCAGGCCAUAAAACUCAACGUGCCCCGGAAGACCCGGCUGUACGUGGACCAGACACUGCGAGAGCGGGAAGCCGGCACCGCCAUGCACCGGACCUUCCAGGCGGACCUCUACCUGCUGCGCCUCCGGGCGGCCCGUGCCUACGUGCAGGCCCUUGAGUCCAGCCUGAGCCCCGUGUCUCUGACGGCCCGGGAGCCGCUCAAGCUGCACGCUGUGGUCCAGGGCCUGGGCCCCACCUUCAAGCUCACCCUUCACCUGCAGAACACAUCAACAGCCCGCCCCAUCCUGGGGCUGGUGGUCUGCUUCCUGUACAACGAGGUGCUCUAUGCUCUGCCCCGGGCCUUCUUCAAGGUCCCAUUGCUGGUGCCAGGGCUCAACUACCCCCUGGAGACCUUUGUGAAGAGUCUUAGUGACAAGGGCAUCUCAGACAUCAUCAAGGUGCUGGUGCUUCGAGAAGGCCAGAGCACACCCCUGCUGAGUGCCCACAUCAACAUGCCCAUGAGUGAGGGGCUGGCAGCUGACUGACCCCAUGCUGGGGUUAAAGCCCCAGUGGAAUCAGAACCAGGAGGAUCCAGCCGCCUCCACUGUGCUGGGCAGAGUCCAUAGUCCCAGGUUCGCUCCCGUGCGGCACCACGCCAGGCUGCCGCCUCCCUCUCCUCUCCUCACGCCCCUCUCUCACUACCCCGACCACCGGGUGACCCGCAGCACAGGUCAGUGAGCUCCUUCCUCCUCAGGAAAACCCAGGUGCUGGCCCUGUGGGCUCCUGCCACUCUGCUCUUGUCCCCACUUACCCCCAGAAAGCAUCCCCAGGUCCAAAGGAAGAGUUCUGCAGCAGUUACGCUGAGAUGAGGGCAUAGGCCCCGCCUUCUCCUCUGCCACUCUCCUUGGGCACGUCUCUUUGCUGCUGCUGCAGAGUUGGCAGGGGCCUGGCCCCGGACAGUCAGAGGCUUUUCUUGGUGAGACUGAGCCCCCUGUUGCUCCCUGGGGUGCCAGAGGCUUGGCUGUUGCCAGCUCAGCUUGCAGGCAAAGCACGUGCUCUGAUCUCCCCCUCUUUCUAUUCAGGGGCCCCGGGAAUAGCUGCCUUCCCACAGGGGGCCUUUCUGAAGUCUUGGGCUCAGCCAAGGUCUCAGGCCUGUGAUGCUCCAUGAAGAUUGCCAAGGAAGAGGCUGGCACAGGAGGGCAGAGAGUGCCUGGGCAGGGAGCUAGGGGCCCGAGGAGAGGAAGGCUCAGCUUGACAGAGCAGAGGUGGGGUCAGGGCACACAGGAGGGGUGUCUCUGGGGUCCUGGGGAGGGGGCUUGGGAGGCAGAAGCCUAGAACUGCCCAACAAAAUGCUCUUCUAUGCCCUGGAGCCCAGAUCAGUCAGGUGAGUGGCAAGUUCACCGGGCAGUGGCCAUUAUGUGUGAGAUUUGCUGGAAAAGCGUAGGCCUUAGUUGAAUCAGGGAUUGAAUGAAGGUGCAUGUUAAGAUCUUAGGAGUCAGAGACACACAGUCUGGGCCCUUGGUGCCUCCUGGAGUGCCCUAGCCUGCCUGGCUGGCUGACCUGCCAGCUGUCUUUCAGGUCAGCGCUACCCAAGGCCGCCCUCAGCCAUUUGUAAGCCAGGAGUCCUGUUCGCUGAGGAAGGGCCUAUGCCUUCUGACCAGGUACAGCCUAGGCUUGGCAGACAGCUCAGGCUUGUGGGAAGUAACCAAGUUUCUGGUGUUUCCAUUUCCCCAAGUGUAAAAGGAGGCGGUUUGACUAGAUUCUGCUCUAAUAUCCUAGAGUUUGGCAGCCCCUCUAAAGAAACCAGGAGUCAGCUCCAGAAAGGGAAUACUUGGCAGGAAUAAGCACAGAACUUUUGCUCUUGAGACCAAGGGCCCCACAUUGAUGGAUUCUGCUAGACAACAGCCUCUGGGCUGGAAGCGGUGAGGGACAGCCCACAUCCAUGCUCUCCACAGGGAAAGCAUUUGGGGCGAGGUCAAGAGAAUUAAGGGGUCUGGACCAAAGCAAGAGCCCAUCCCCUCCUGUCUGCACGGUCCAGCCACUCACAAACAUAGACCAGUGAGGUCGGGGUGGCCUGGGGUUCCUCGAUCGAGCUGACUGAGGCUUGGGGGAAUGAGGAGGAAGUUCAGUAUGGAAAUGGAAAGACAGGUAGAGGGAGCGUCACUGUCAGUCAAAUUUCAACCAAACCUGAAGAUUUCAACCUUCCAAGAGAGCUCAUCGGAGAUGGAAGGCCCUGCCCCAGAAGGUAUCAAGCCCCUUGUCACUGGAGCUGUGUCACUGUGGUGAGGCCAGAUGACCUUACAGUCCCUUUCACCCCUGUGAAGUGAUGAACUGUGUGAACUCGGAACGAAGAAGUCUCAAUCGGGGUCUCCUCAUAGUUAUCCAUGAUGAUGCAAGUGGAGAAACGAUCCCGAGGCCCAAGCCCUAAUAUGAAUUUACAUGAUGUGA